AUGCCCCGUCGCUGUAGCAAUUGCCAUGGCGAAACGCCUCCUAUUCAGCUAAGAUCUUGUCCACACUGCAGAAAAGAAUUCACUACAUCUUUGCGGCCGUCGCCGUCGACAAUUCCAUUCGCAAAACACGAUCGAAGUCCUCGAAUUUCGUUAGGACAUAUCCGUCCACGAGCAUCAACAGCAGCAGCAGCAGCACAUAGAAUAACUCCGCGGGAAAAUGACACUCCUGUUUCAUGUCAGUAUAAAAAAGUCUGUGCAGAAUAUUUAUCGUCAUUGAGAUGGGAUAAAAGUUUUUUUGAUCGUCAGCAUAACCGUUGUUACUGCGAAAACUGUUAUCCUAGCUCACGCGAAGAUACCACUGUGCAAGGUGGUUCAAAAUAUGUUCUUCCACGUGGUUGGUGUCGAUUUGGUCUACAUGUUCAUCAAGUUCGCGCUGAUAUUGAUCGUAUUUGGAGUAAAUGGAUCGUAACCUAUCACGGGACACGUCCUAUGGCCGCUCAAUCGAUCAUUCAUCACCGUCAAUUCCUCUUACCUGGUGACACGUGUUUAGAUGGUACAAAAGUUGCCAUAUUGCCCGACCAUAUUCCCGGAAAAAAUCAUAUUUACACGUCCCCAACGAUCGCGUAUUCAAGUUAUGAAGCUUACUGUCCUCCACAACGCUUUCAUUCGCAACAAACUGGUAAAACUUACGAUGCACGCCUUGUUCUUCAAUGCCGUCAACAACCGGGAUCAUACAAAGUACAAGGUGAAACAAUCAAUGCUGGCUCGAAGCGACUGUGCCCAUUUAUACCGAAUGAUCAAAUCGAAAUAUUUACGGAAUGCAUUGCAAGCAAGUUACGUUUUUCUACAAUAACAAGUGUAGAUAUGGCGAAAGACAAAUGGUUUCGUUCGAUAGAAUCAAAGUUCUAUGAUGCCUUAGAAUACCACGCAGUACCUGAAUGGAUCAUCGAACCGAUGCUGCCUAGAGUGAAAACUCGUCGAGACGCUUUAAAUGAUCAGAAAGAACAAUGGCCAUUUCGAAUACAUAAUGCUAAAGGAAAAUUCCCCUGUCCUCAAUGCAAGAGAGUGUGGAAGUCGUCUUUUACGACUGUCGUUUGGAGAGCUCGGAGAAAUACAAAUGUUAUUCAAGUUCGUAUCGAAAAACAAGCUUGCAAAGGAUGUAACAAUUACUGUCAAGGGUCUCUUGCGGGUAUUGAGAGUUUAGUAUGGACGGCAUACUGGAUGUGUACUUGGAUACUAGACGUUUUUUACGGUAUACGUGAUGAAAACGCGAAUAAGCGUGCAGAUAAACUGGAGGAAAUUGAUAAAGCAACUGCACCACAUGACUAUGCACGUUGUGAAGCUGGUAAAAAGGGUAUAUGCAGAAAAUGCAAUAAACAGCUAUAA